AUGAAGCAAGAAUCGAAAUAAUACAACAAAACUAUGACUUCGCUCAGAGAAUCAUAAUCAUUACUAUUUAUAAAUCACAAGGGACCCACGUGUUGUGGUCGGAGUGUGCUCAAUUUGUGCAGUACACUUCCCAUGAGUUCAUAUUUCGCUUCAACGAUGUCGAGGAGUGUGCUGAUGAGGAAAUAAAAAUGUUGAAAAAGGAGAAGAGAAAUAUAGAGCGAGAGAAUGAGGCACUGUCAUUCAUGAUUGAAGAAGCUGAAACUGUCAGAAAGGAAGAAUCAGGUGGUUCUGGAGGCUGGUCGGAUUUUGGAGACGACAUCAUUGAGCAAAUGAUGAACGAUGAUAGUGAUCAGCGAGAGAAAACCUCAGCUUCUUCAAGAGGUGCUAUUCCUGUGGCCUCUUUCACGCCUGCAAUUGAUAUUCGUGAAGUCACCAAACUGAGGAUUCAGCUGAGGAAGACCGAACACGAACUGGAGGCCAUUCGUGUCGCUCUUGAGUACGAGAAAGAGGAGCGUCAUCAAGCUAUUUCAAAACUGUCUUCUCUCGAAAACGAUUUGGAGCGAAGAGCUAAAGAGGCAUUUUUUUGUAAUAAAAACUUCACAUUCACUCCGACACUUCACUGAUUAG